ACUGUCUCUUAGCCCUAAACUUUGCUGGAGGUUGGAGAAGUUGUUCUUGUAGCAUCCGCCUACACUGAGGUAGAGAUAGUAACGCUUUGCCGCCGUCCACCUGCAGGCUGCCUUCAUUAAAUCCUGCUGCCCACCUCGAUCAUCUGGACACCAACUAAGUAUGGAGGAUUCCUCAGAGCAGUCCCACUGGGUGUCUCCAGCUCUGCUGAGCUCAGAAGCUCUCGCUGGUUUCUCCUCCGAGCCCAGCCUGCUGCCUCCAGUGGAAGAGGGUGAGUCCUUCUUCUCCGGCCAGGACUCGGACUAUAGUGGCCUUUCCUCUUUCUUCUCAAACCCAAGCCACAGCCGAGCAGCAUCCACCUACAGACACAGCUCAGUUCGACCGGUGUUCAGCUCGCCGAGCCUCCUCAGCAACUUCCAGCUCCUGGAUGUGCCUGCCACCCACUCCCUGAGCUCACCCUACAACCCCCCAGCCCCCAACUGGAGCAGCAGUCCUCUCACCAAGACCCCGCUGCACUCACACACCCCGACUUCCCUCUACAAUCCAGGACUCACCCCCUCCUUCAUCACCUCCAGAGAUGGAUACUGCUCUCCGGGCAGAGAGAACAGGGAGAGCCCCAGGCUUCAGGAGGCCCUUAAGAUCGAGCGCUUGAGCCCGCUGGGGGGGUCAGGUUCCAGCAGCAGCUUUCUGAACCUGACUUCUGCCAAUGGGAGUGUAUACACACCGUCAUCCCACUCCCACCCACACAUGCUGAGCCCCUACAGCUCGUACAUGACUGGCCCGCAGGAGUACAGUUCUGCUGCUCUGUACUCCAGCCCCUGGAUCAACCCCUCGUUCUCCCCCAAACUCCGCAACAAGAUGAGGAUAUCCACUCCAGAGGCCAGAGAGUGUGUGAACUGUGGAGCCACAGCUACCCCUCUGUGGCGUCGGGAUGGUACAGGCCACUACCUGUGCAAUGCCUGUGGAUUGUAUCAUAAGAUGAAUGGACAAAACAGACCUCUGAUCCGGCCCAAGAAAAGACUGAUUGUCAGUAAGCGCGCAGGUACAAUGUGUGCCAACUGUCACACAAGCACAACAACACUGUGGAGACGCAACGCCAAUGGAGAGCCUGUGUGUAACGCCUGUGGCCUCUACUUCAAACUGCACAAUGUCAAUCGGCCCCUCACCAUGAAGAAGGACGGCAUUCAAACACGCAACAGAAAAGUCUCCAACAAGAACAAGAAGAGCAAGAAGGUGGCCAUGUUGGAUCAGUACUCUGAGAUGAUCCAGCCGUCUUCUCUGGACGACAACGGCGGGCACUAUUCCCUCGGCCCUGGGACUCUGCUGACCUACAGCCACGCACCGCAUCUCAUUCCAGCACCCUCCCCUCUGCACCCCUCUGCCUCCCUACCCUACACACACCACCUCAACACUGGCAUGAUGCCCACACUAGUGUGAAACAACAAAACCGGCACCGUCGUACAUUCAGGAAUCAGUGCAGUUGCCUGGUACUUUUUAGUGUGGUAUUGUACAUUUGUGUUUCUAUGCCUCGUAAAUGGAGUUUUCUGUAUAUUUUCACUGUAUUUUAUUAGACGACAACAUUUUGUAGUUAUGAUCAGUCAGAUAAAAUCACUUUGCUGCACAUUCUGUCAGCUGUAAAUACAAUCACAAAUCGGAUCCGACAGCCACGUUUGUGUCUCUUUUAUUAUUCAUAAUGUGAAAUUAGUUCUUUAGUUUCGGGAUUUUAUGGGUCUGUUUUGUCUUUGCAUGAUUGAUAUUACCAUAUUGAGCUCUUUGCGGAGAAAAUAAUAAACGUGUGACUCAUUCUGCUGGAGUUAUGAAGGCUUUUCUUUUGAAAGUCAUUUGAAUUUUCACUUCAUUGGUAAAGCCCACAGUUAAAGUCCAAUGUAUGGUGUUAUUGUCCUCCCCUGCUCAGGUAUAAUAGUCUCUUUGUGCAGGUCAGAGCUCCACUUUGAAAGUGAGAUUGUACGUAGCGGGUAUGCAAAUCCUCCUUUCAACUGAAUAGAGAAAUAUUUAACUUAAGUGUAACACUUAAACCUGGUUGUAUUUUUAGAUCAGAGCAGCCAGUGGGUGAACGAGUGGGCUCCAAGUUCCACUGCACACACAAGGUCAUGUUUGUGUUUGUUAUUACUCAUCAGUGCAUGUAUGCUCACGAGGGGAAGGCAGGGGGGGGGGGGUUGUCACGAAUACAAAUUCUACUCACAUGUCACGCUUGAAACGUCAGAGGCCAAGCGGACAUUGUUUCAUAAUGACUUGCAACAACAUACAUCAUAGGAGAGCUUUUAUUUCUUCUUAAAGACAGAAACCACAAGGGAGAAAACUCGAAAGGGCUCUGACGCCCUGAGGUGAACGGAAUUUAUGUCCUUGUUCUGAUUGAAAGUAUUCUCACCCUUUACUUGUGCAGAAAUACCACAAUGUAAAAAUAUGCCAAUUAAAGUAAAAGUCCUGCAUUUAAAA